AUGGGCGAAAGCUGGCAGGAUGAGCACAACCGGCAUGGAUCGGAGUGCGUUUCGGCGCUGUUUGGAGCUGAGAGGGCGUCACUGAUGUUGAGGAUGCGGACGGCUUACUCCACAUGCCAGAGGCGGGUGAAGGGCGAGGACGUCGCGCUGGCGCGAGAGGGGUUGACGAAAGAGGCCGGCGGUCCGACGUGGUCGCUGUAUGGCAUAUGCGACGGCCACGGCGGCGCCGUGGCCGCGAACUACGUCACGGGCAACAUGUGGAGGGCCCUGCGGCCUCGGCUGCCUGCCGCGCCCCCCAAUCACGCCAGUGCCGAAGAUUUCGACGCCUUUGGGCGCCAGGUGAGGGCGGCCGUGGUGGCGGCGUUCACAAGCAUUGGAGCCCAGUUCGAGCGUGACGUCGCAGCCGACACAUCUGGGACGUCCGUGACGCUGGCCGUCCUGUGCGGAAGGCUGCUGACCGUGGCGAACUUGGGCGACAGCGACGCCGUGCUUGACACCGGCUCCGACGCGAUCUUGGCCACCGUCGGGCGAAGGUCCGAGGACGUGGUGGACGAGCCAAGCGGGGCGGUCGACCUUGCGAAGGCAACCGGGUUGGCUGAGCAGUCCGAUGUUGGGCAGCGGGGUCUGAAGGGGCAGCUUAGGAGCCGGGGGCCAUUCAGGUCCAUCGGAGACUUGUACGCCAGCAAACCUGUCUGCCACAGCCCCCACGUCUUCCAGGCAUGGGUGCCCAUGAACGGCGUGCGGAUGACGAUAGGAUCUGCUGGCCUGUGGGAUUUGACUCACUGGAAGCAGGCUGCAAGGACGACGAGCCGGACACCCAUCACCACCUGUGCAGCCAAAGUGGUUGCUGAUGCUGAAACGCAACAUCGAAGGCCAAUCGCCAAUGACGUUACUGCCCUCGUUGUGGACAUGCUGCCUGAGCAGACCAGUAGCUACACCAUGAAAAGGAAUGGCAGCAAAUUCGGGUUGCAUCUCAAUCACUGGAUAGCAUGCCUCAUCCACAGCUGCCUGACAAGGCCGGAGGGAGUCGGAGGUGUCCUGGCAGACAGGAGACUCAGAGUCAUUGCGAGGGUAGACGGCCGAGACAUUGUGCAGGAAUCCCAGGGUGCCUGCAUGGAGUCAGCAGUGGGUCAGGAAUUCGCGCUCCGUACGCCUACAAUAUCACCACCAAGGGACCUUGCCUUCAUGCUGGCACAUGAGAUCUCACUCUGUAGGCCACUUAGACCUUUCCGCACAUCGAUGCAGGAGGAUAUGCUGAGCGUGCGGUCAUCAUUUGAGGUGACAGACAGACCUGUUGCAGCACCAUGUGGGCCACAUGAACAUAGGAGGUGGUCGAACGAUAUGCCAAGGAAGUCUCAGUAUGCACCAAGAGGGUCAGAGUAUUUGCCAAGUUGGUCUGGAAGUCGUCCUGGUGAACUCUCUGCAAAUUCUAUGAGAGGGGGUGCAGCACAUGCGCAUGCUGCAUCGUGCGACGACCCCUGUUUACAGAGCCUUGGCUGUUCUCGACCUCGGUGGUCGAGCGAUCAGGACAGUUGGUCUUGCGGAGCAGACAUGGCUGCUGUGUCUUGUCAGAUACACACUGAUAGGGAAAUGCUGUGCAAGGCUGCAGCCGCUUACAACUCUUCUGCCUUGUCCAUCAGGACGACACUUGCUCAGGGGCAAACUUACGGAUGUGGCGUGUAUGAAGAUGCACGAGGUGGAUAUAUGGACGAGACAGAUGUAUCAAGGCGGAGAUCUGUUCACAAGAGGCGAUUGCCAUCCGACCAGGGCAUUCCCAGCCUGAAAGAGCUAUUGACUGACUCUACGAUUCUGCCCAGGACCGUGCCUGACCAACCAAGAGCGCCUUUCAGGGCAAGUCUUGACGACAGGCUAGAGACGCUGAGGGAACAAUGGUGGCGGGGUGAACUACUCGGCAGCCGCAACCUGACGUCCAAAGCCUUAUUGCCUUUGGCCUCUUCCCGCAAUUCAUGGGCAGCCUGCACAGCCACAAUGGGGCCCCAUCCUGAUCGCGAGCUGCUGGAGAAUAUGUAUGGAAGCAGGUCAGAUGAUGAGGCUUCCUUUUCAGGUUGGACUCCUGCAGACCCAGAAAAUUUCCACAGUGAAGGGGAAGCAGACAGCACUGCACUUCCACGUGUGGAAAGUCUGGCUUCAGGUGGAAGAGAUGUGGGGUGUCAAUGA